UUUUACUAUGUACGUGUGUGUAUGUAUGUACGUGCGAAUGCGAAGGUUACCGACCAAAGUACUCGAGACGACGACACUUGGUGUGCGGCGACAGCUAGUAAGUAGUAACUCCUCCGGGGAAGGAAUUUUCCAGUGACAGGCGGCACGAGAGAACGCGUCGACACAACGAAGGGGAAAAUGUCCGGAACAGGAAACGGCGGCGGCGAUGCCGCCGGCGGCAGCGGCAACGGCAACGACGGCGGUUGCUGCUCGACGAUCGUGAAGAAGCUCGGUCUGCGACCGGUCACGCGGUGCAACAUCGCCAAGUUCUACGCGCCGGCAUUCGGCGCCGUCUCGUACACCUCGAUGUCCAUCAAUGUCAUGAACCCGAGCCUCGUCGUCAAAGUAUUUCCAAAGAGAGACAUUACGAAUUUUUUACUGGCUGGCACUCUGAUCGGUACCGGUUCAUACAUCUACACACGUGAACAUAUGAAGGCAGCACCACAGUCUGUAAGAAUUCUGUACAGUGCCACUGGCGCGGUAUUAUUGAGCCUGGGAUCGGUCUUACUGUGGGCAGUGAUACGUUCCAUAGUCCCACCAAGUCCGGUCUGUUGUACGUUAGCUGGCAUCGGCACUGGAGUAGCAUUUUUGAAAGUCGGCUCGAGUUAUCUCGAAUUUGUGGACGAGCAAAUAGCGAAAAAGUAGGCUGCUCUUAUAUACUUUUUGUUCUUUUCUUUUCCAUCUUGGAUUUGUAUCUUGAAUUGUUACGAAAAGAAAUUGUACUACGUCGAGCAAGAGACACAGCACCUUUUGUCUGUUACAUUUUAAACGCGACUCUCAGAUCGACGAGUCUUGUGGAAUUUUCAUUCCAUGCGACGGGAGAUUACGGAGAACGAUUCAAUACUUGAUUCAUCGGAUUCCUGAAAUUUUUUCGGGUGCAAAUUAUGUGUAAGUAAUAUUUUUUCUAUCGCGAGUUUUAUAUACGCGCGUUAUUUUUUUUUUCUCGAAACUAAAAAAGAUAGAAAAGAUAGAAAAGAUACGAAUGGAUACUCGAGUGCUUUCCAUUGGAUAGCUUAAAUCGACACAAGUGUCGUUCUGUCUUUAUUAGUAUCGAAUAUCAAGAAAGAUAGAAUAAUGUUCGUGUCGACUUGUUUCAUUAAAUGGAAAGCACUUGUCUUAUUGAUUCCAAAAAUAUGAAUUGUCGUAUCGCACAAAAAUGUGAUAUCGGCGAUUCUAGCGUUGAAGUUGGCUUUAUCUAGUAGCGAAGUGUUCUUAAACAGUCGUGCGCUUUUCUCUUCGCUCAUUCACGCAUCGCCGACACGGUAAACGGCAUUUUAUAAAUUGUUCCUUAAGAUGUAUUGCACGCACUUUGGGAACUCUAACGAGAUCCUCGUAAUCUCGGCGUGUUUAUGGAAACCGGGAAGUAUGAGCGUAUGUUUGUCGAUAACGUGUUUUGUAAGCUGCAUAAAAAUGCAAUCAUCAUAUGUAGAUAACUGUCACUAUAAAUAUAUGAAUAUACGAAUUGUGACACGAUAGAAAAAAAAGAAAUGAAAACAUACGAGCAAUCUCCUCACCUGCCUGAAAUCCAUCGACGUCUAUUUUGCUAUUCUAAUUUUUUUUUAACUAAUAAUAACUGCAUACAUGCUAAUAUUAAAAAUUUGAUAGGUUAUAUUACGUGCUAUAAAAGUUUAGUACUAACAAUAGCAACAUGGUCAAUAAGACAAAAAACACCAUCCACAUUAACCUUGAAAGGUUAAAAUUUAUCGCUUCAUGCGCAAAUUGUUUUACGU